CUAUAGCGGCUGGUUUGCGAUGCGUGAGAAGUACACAAUAUGGCGGCUUCCUUGGUCCGGUUUUUGAGAGGGUUGUAUGUUUUAUUUUUAAUAUGUGUUCUUUCUGCCGCGGCCUUUUUGAAUUUGGAGGAGUUAAAUGAAAUGAAAUAUGGGAUUCAGAUUCUUCCGGACCCCGUGAUCAGAGGGCAGAUGGAAGAUGUGAUGUUGGUGUCUAAUAAAUAUAAGCAGCUGUACGAGUGCCGGUUGCCUCCGCAGGCAAUGAGGUUCCACCAGGAUCCGGUUCCUGAGUCGGACCCUCAGGGUUACAGUGGCCCGGCCAUCCCCGAGCUCCUCAAGCCCAUGCACACUGCUCCCUGCCUCACCAAGACUAAAGACUGGUGGACGUAUGAGUUCUGCUAUGGACAGCACAUCAGACAGUAUCACCUAGAAGAUUCAGAGAUUAAAGGUGAUGUGCUGUAUCUGGGUUUUUUUGAGUCUGAGUUUGACUGGACCAAUGAAACUGCUAAGGCUACUAAACAGCACAAGCUGAAGCGGUAUCACAGUCAGUCAUACGUCAACGGCUCCAAGUGCGACCUGAACGGAAGCCCACGAGAGUCUGAAGUCAGGUUUGUGUGUGAAGAGGGUUCGAGUGAUUAUAUCUCCCGUGUGGACGAGCCUCAGUCGUGUCACUACGUCCUGACGGUUCACACGUCCCGCACGUGUCAGCACCCGCUGCUGCACCCCCCCUCCUCCGCCAAGCCGCAGGGCAUCGUGUGUCAGCCUGCACUCAGCGCUCAGCAGUACAUGGACUACGUUAAAGCACAAGUCUCUGACACGAAGCGGAAAGUGGAGCAGAUCUCAGAAGAGCUCAGGACGCUUGAUCAGAUUCUGUCCAAAGAUGAAAGUGCAGAGGAAACAGGAAGUGAUGUAAUGGAUGAGGAGUCUGUACCGCCCACUGAUACGUCUGCUGUAGAGUCUGAGGUCGAAGACGCAGUAGAUGAGGAGGAGGAGGAGUCAGAGAACGAGGAGGUGGUGGAUAAAGAUUUCUGGGACGGAGUCACCAAACCACAGGGGACAGAAACGCAAACACCUGAGCUACAGGAUUCUGACGGAGCUCCGGAGAACGAACCCGACGAUAAUGACAUAUUUGGAGAAGGGAAGUUUAACUUUAAGAUCAUGACGGAUCCUGUAGACCUGAUGAAGUUCGUGCAGCACCUCAGAGACAGUAACAGAAAGAACAAAAAAGCUCAGGUGAGAAACGGGAGAAGCCAGGCUUCCUCACAGGAGGAGGAGGAGGAGGAGGAGGAGGAGGAGCAGGGGGAGGGGAGGAAGAAAAAGGAAGAGGAGGAGGAGGGAGAUGAAGAUGAACAGCUGCUGAAGGAGUUUGAAGAGGAGAUGGCUGACCUCUCGGUUCCUGCAUCCAAAAUCGUCCAGAUUAAAGAGGAGAUGCAGAAAGAGUUUGACAACAUCAUAGAGGAGGCGCAGCAGGAGUUGGAGAACGAGGGUCUGAAAGGAGAGUUUGAUCGCUCUCAGGCCACUCAGACUUUAGAGAACACUCUGGGUAAACUGCUGGAUCGUCUGGAGGAUAAAACCGAACAGGACGCUGAAUCACACACAGACACAAACACUGACACACACAUGCACAAAAACACACACGGUCCAUCCGAGAGGGAGACAGGAGGUGCCAGAGGUGACCCCAGCCUCGUCCCCAAGACUCCAGAGCAUGAGCUCGGUGGAGAUGAGCAGGUAAAGAUAAGGGUGACUAAGUAUAAGGUGGGUGGAGACGAUGCGGCUGGUGGAGGUGAGGGGGGUGUGAGGGUGCGGGAGCUGGGCGAGAGCGACCCCCAGUGGCAGCACAUUCACCACCUGGUCAAAGAGCAGCUCGAGAGAGCCGGCAUCAAGGCCGAAGGAAAGAUAGAGGUGAAGAUUUUGACCCGUAAAUCAGCGGAGGAGGCGGGAGACCAGUGGCUGAGUGAAGAAGAUACCAAAUCGUUUAGAGAACUCCUCAUCAACCUGCUGACGGGAGGAACAGAGGAAGUAUAUAAAGAGCAGAAGCGACAGCAGGAGCUGGAGAACAAUUACAGGUUUGUUUGGGGAGAGAAACAGGACGAGAGUCAGUCGGCGGGAACUGGAGAAUCAGACGAACUCGAUUUCUGAUUUCUGACAGAAGUGUAUGUGUGUGUGGAACAAACACAAAUGCAGAGAUCGGACUGUUGGGCAGCCGUACAGCCAUCACUCGGACUGCAGUGAGAAUUUCUGUAAAGCAUCAGUGAACAAUAAACACACACACACACAUUCUCUCUCUCUCUCUCUCUCUCUCUCUCUCUCUCUCUCUCUACUUUCAUUCAUUUCAGUUCAACUCCAGGUGACACACCAGACUCUAAUCAUUCAGCAUUAUGUUUUUUUCUUCUUUUUUUAAGGGAAGAAAAAUCACAACCUUUUGAUGAAUGCUGUUAUUUUUCCUGCUGUUAUUACUGCACUUUAAAUAAUAAAAAUGCAGCAUUUGGAAUGUUGACCUUGGAGACGCCGAACGGGACCUGGAUAAGAUAAUAAAAAAAUAAUAAAAAUGAAAAA